AUGGCCUCUAAUUCGGCAACUAACAAACCGUCCAGGAAGCCACACGCUCGCAUAGUACAGCCGGCGUUGCCUUUGAUCCCGGGCUUGAAACGCCAGAAGCCAAAGCCGAUCACGUUGGAGCGCGAGCCCGAGAAGGUAGACCUAGGACAAGACCCCCAGUCUUCUGCCGAUGACGAAAAGUUUCCGAGAGACACAGAGUCUGGAGUAGACGUGGCCGAUUCCGCUGCAUCUCGAGACGGGGACUCUGGGGAGAAAGUAACGCCUCCGUCCAUAGGCUCAGAACCUGUGACUCCUCAGCCCUCUCACUCUACUGCGCCGGAGGAAAUCGCAACAGAAGCACAUAAUGAUAAUGAGGACAAUGGAAAAGAGGUGGAAGCUGGCGACAGUGAUGUACAGGCUAGACAUGAUGUCAGUGAAGUGACCGAGACGACAAAUCUUGAAAUUACAGAACCCACCAACGAACUGCCAGCUACUGAAACUGAUUAUGGACAUGAAGCCAUCACCGGGGUGAAUGGCAGAUUGCUUGAAUCUCUCCAGAGCCCAGCUGAGGAGGGUGGAAAAGUUCAACCGGAUCCCGAUAUGCCAGGAUUAGUCUUCGCAGACAAAACUGAACCCAUCCCCACGUCCAGCUAUGCGAAUGGGAUCGAUUCAUCAGAAUCGGCUCUAGAUGAGAGCGGGGUCUUUGCGUCGCAGUCAGAAGAUACCAAUUCUGGUUAUCAAGAUGCGCAACCACCUGUUACAUUCAAAGAUGGAUUCCGCGAUCCGGCAGUUAAUGGCUACCAUCAGCCAUCCAUCACACCCUAUGCCGUGCCUGUGGUUGCACCAAGGUCAUUCAACACUCUCCCUUCACUUCAGGAACAUCUGCUUCUUCUCAAUUCGACAAAAGAAGGUGUUGAUAUUCUCCUCCAAGUGAACCCAACCAAUGCACAACCCUUUGUCAGUUACAGUCACUCUGUCAUUCUCUUCCGCAGCUUGCGCUUGCGGAGAUUGGUGACUCGCCAACAGCAGGCUAACAACAAUUACCCUGGCAAUGUCAUCAGCUUGUAUCCUGCUCGUCCAAUCAUGGCUCACGCCUUUGAAGCAGCAUUGCGCUUCCUCUACUCAGACACAGUCUUGGGGAAGGAGUUUUUUGUCCAGCCACAUCCCGGAGCCGACUUUCAGGCGGUGAGAGUGCAUAAUCUUGAGUAUAUCCUGUCUUACUGGGUAUCUGGGAUAGAACUUGGUCUUGAACCAGUCUCCAUAUGCGCAGAGAGGCUUCUAGGCAGUUAUCUUGACUGGGAUGUCUUGGAGCUCGCCUACAGAGCUGCCGUGGAGCUUGCCAACUCACCCAUGUCAUCACAUGGAAAGAACAUGAUUGGAUCAGACUAUCUCAUCGCCAGUAGCUCCAUCAUCAAGCUCAUUCUUCAAUUCCUGGCCACCCACAUUGACAUUAAGAACUUCAAACUCGACAGCAACUCCACUGCCAGCACCAUCAUCCCAUCUCGCCUGCCUCAAUUUGACGAUGGCCGCCCAAAACACAAUCCAGCGCUGGCAUCCAUGGUGUUUGGCUCUAUGCCUUCGUCGGCAGAUAUGUCACCAUCGUCUCCGCAAUCCGAGAUACUACCCCCCGUUUCGACUUUCAAAGACACGGUCGCCUCCAACAUCCUUUUGAAUGUGGACUUUGAGAAUCUCAAUAUCUUCAACAAUUUCGUCCAAGCACCCACGAUUCGAGACGCUGCCACCACGAAACUCAUGGUUGAUGUUGUCAACGAACGCGAAGCCCGUCGUCAAAAGAUGUACACGUCCCGCAUUCCGAACAAAGACCGCAUGGCGAACUCUGCCGCUUGGGAAGCCGUGGGAUUGAAGGAGUCGAUCACCGAAGGGAAUGUGCUGACUCGAGAACGUGUCGGUUUCUUGAUUUCUUCCAAAUAA